UUAGGAGCACCAAUGAAUUCGGUGAGGUAAUCCAUUAACCCAAGUAAGUACCCAACCCAACCCAAUUAAUUAAUUAUUCUUCUUCCUUCCUUCAACUCUCUCUCUCUCUUUCGAUCGAAUCCAAUCCCAAUCUCGAUUCUCGAUGGCAAUUCCAAAACUCUUGGCUCUUCUCUGCAUCUUCGCUCUCGUUCACGCCGAUUCCCACUUCGAAGGCUUCGAUGCCGAAGACGAUGACUUCGAAGACUCAUCUAUAGAUCCCACUUCUCUCCGACCACCGCCAUCUCAGCCUCUUACCACCAAUCCCACCAACACUCAACCUCCACCUUCCAAUCUUCCCAACUCCCCACCUCCUCCUCCCACCACUUUCGAUUUCUGGGACGAAGAUGAAUUCGAAGGCGUGCCCGUCGAUCAGGCCACCUCCCACUCCGACCCCAGCGACCUACCCACCGAUCCCAAAUCCCCCGAUAACACCACCGCCGCUAACAAUGACGACGCCCAACAAAACGCCAAGACCUCGCGCUCCUUCACCGUUGAGAUCAUUUGCGGGAGCUUUCUCGUCAUGUUCGCCAUCAAUUACUUCACCGGAAAACGCGAGAACGAGAACAUAGCCCUCUCGUGGGCCGCACAGUUCGCCGCCAAGGACUCCAUCUUCGACAAGAACUUUAGCCUGUUGGGGAUCGGUGACGGUGGCGACGACACACCCUUGUUGUUGAAAGAAGGCCAAACCACGUUCAAGUUCUACGCGAGCGGCAGAAGGUACUGCCAGGGGUUGUUGGCCACGUUGGAGUUGAAGAGCAGGCACGAUCUCAUCGCUCGGAUUUACAAUCUGGUGGUCCCGACGAGGGAUGAGAUUACCUUUGAGGUUUACAUGAACGAUGAUGCCAUGGAUCAUGUCGUUUUCGCCAUGGCUAGGAAGAAGGUUGCCAAAGCUAUGCAUAAGGAUCUCAGGGAUUUGCAGAGAUUUGCGAAUGUCCUCACCCCUCCCACCUCCAGGAAGUGGGUUGCUGAUGACCUCGCUGUUGUUUCUGAGUCCAGGGAAGUUGCCUCUGAUUUCAUCACCGAUGCAGUCAUGGACCAGGUUUUUGGUGAAAAAGCUUUUGAGAAAUUUGGAAAAGGUUUAAUUGCAAUGCAUUUCUCCGACAAUCACCCUGGCAUACACAAGAAAGUAUUGUCGUUCAAGUUUGUGCUUCCAGCUGCUAAGGACAUGGCUGAUAUGACUCGACUGGUGGCACUUGUUCCAUAUUAUAUUGACUUGAUCGGAAGAUAUAAAUUGAGUUCUCAGGCUCGGUCUAAGACAGAGACUGCACGACAGAAGGCUGCUCAAGAGGCACAGAAAGAACUCCGAUACGCCCAACAAGAGGCCAUGCAGAGAAAAAAGGCAGAGAGGAAAAAGAUGAUUGAGGAGGCUGAGGCAAAGCUGGGUGCAGAGGCUAUUCGAAAGAAAGAAGCAAAAGAGCGUGCUCGUCAAAUGAAAAAGUCAAUGCCAAGGAUGAAGAUAUCGCGUGGUGCCUAAUUCUUAGAGUUGGAUGAUUCACGAGUAGAAUUGAAGGCAGCGUACGUUGUAGUUGGGUCCUUGCCUUUUGUUCAAUUAUGGCAAUGUACCUCUGUUAGUUGGCAUUUCCUCAGUUAGUUACACAGACAGAUGUCGCAAUGUCUUGGUAGAUUUUGAAUGUACCAAAAUUUCGAUUUUAGAGACAUUUAUAAGCCUCCUCAUCCUCAUAACUUAAAUCUCCUUAUCCUAGUUUCUAGUUGGCAAUGUUGUUUUCACAUUUUCAUGUUACCAACAUUCUAAAAUGUAUGCAGUGAAAAAUGCCUCAUCAACUUAAAAAAUUUACUUGA